AUGUCCUCGUUGAAAGAAAUUUGUGAGGGUCUUCCACUGGACCCCCUUCCACCUAGGAGAGAAAGAGACGAAUCUGUGCCACACGCUCCCGUGAGGACACCCGAUCUCUCCCCUGAGGAACAGAGGUUAGCGCUGGAAAACUCGCUGCGAUAUUUCCCGCCCAAUCUACACGAGACGCUGGCACCAGAGUUUGCUGAUGAACUACAGAAUUAUGGACAUAUAUACAUGUACCGAUUCCUACCUCAGAUUCAAAUGAGGGCUUUUCCUAUCGGGGAGAUCCCAGCUAGAAAUAGACAUGCGGCAGCUAUUAUGCAUAUGAUUUUAAACAACCUUGACCCACGUGUGGCUCAAUUCCCACAGGAGUUAGUGACAUAUGGUGGAAAUGGACAGGUGUUGUCCAAUUGGGCACAGUUUUGGUUGGUGAUGAAAUACUUGUCGGAGAUGACAGACGAUCAGACGUUGGUAAUGAAUUCUGGACAUCCCCUUGGCCUGUUCCCUAGUAGUACAUCAGCACCCCGAUUGGUCAUUACCAAUGGCAUGGUUAUACCAAAUUACUCAUCAAGACAGGAUUACGAGAAGAUGUUUGCACUAGGGGUCACGAUGUAUGGACAGAUGACUGCUGGUAGUUACUGUUACAUAGGACCACAGGGGAUAGUUCAUGGUACCACGCUUACUAUUCUUAACGCUGCAAGAAAACACCUAGGUAUAACGGACAUGGCAGGCAAGGUAUUUGUCACAUCCGGACUCGGAGGAAUGAGCGGGGCCCAGCCCAAGGCAGCGGCUAUCUGUGGCUGUAUUGGACUUGUGGCAGAGGUCAGCAGAGAGGCAUUGGAUAAACGAUACAAACAAGGCUGGUUGAUGCAAGUCACCGACAACCUAGACGAAUGCAUGGCGAUCCUUCGUCAGGCGCGGAAACAAAAGAGAACUUUGAGUUUGGGCUACCAUGGAAAUGUCGUUGACAUAUGGGAGAGAUUAGUGUACGAAUAUGAGAAUACUGGAGAUAUGUUAGUGGAUCUUGGGUCAGACCAGACAUCAUGCCACAAUCCAUACCUCGGCGGAUACUACCCUGUACAGAUUUCCUAUGAGGAAGCACUGACUACCAUGCACGAAGAUCCUAUACGAUUUAAAAAUCUGGUCCAAGAAAGCCUUCGAAGACACAUUGCUGCCAUAAACAAGCUUGCUGACAGAGGGAUGUAUUUCUGGGAUUAUGGGAAUGCUUUUUUACUGGAAGCCGACAGAGCAGGAGCUGAUGUGGGUCGUCAACAGGGACUGAAUGGAACAUUGUUCAGAUACCCUUCCUACGUACAGGACAUCAUGGGCGACAUAUUCUCUCUAGGGUUUGGUCCAUUCAGAUGGGUGUGUACAUCUGGCGAUCCGUCUGACCUUGAAAAAACUGACGAAAUAACGACGUCGAUACUGGAGGACAUCAUCAACAAAGGAGUUCCAGAAGGAAUCAAGCAGCAAUACAAUGAUAAUAUCAGAUGGAUUAAAGAGGCGAAAAACAACAAAUUGGUUGUAGGAUCACAGGCGAGAAUUCUAUAUUCCGACCAAAAAGGUAGGAUAGCGAUUGCGACAGCCUUCAAUGACGCAGUGGCUGAGAGGAAACUAAAGGGUCCAGUGGUGUUGAGUCGCGAUCAUCAUGAUGUCAGUGGUACAGACAGUCCAUUCAGGGAAACAUCCAACAUUUAUGACGGGUCAGCAUUUACAGCAGACAUGGCAGUUCAGAAUGCAAUCGGUGACGCAUUCAGGGGAGCUACGUGGGUAGCUCUUCACAAUGGAGGUGGUGUCGGCUGGGGCGAGGUGAUCAAUGGAGGGUUUGGUCUUGUGUUAGACGGAUCAGAGGAGGUUCGCCAACGGGCGGAGCGUAUGCUGGCCUGGGACGUGUCGAACGGAGUAGCAAGACGGUGUUGGUCCGGAAAUAAUCGAGCACAGGAAACCAUUUGUCGGAUUAUGGAUGACAAUCCAAAGUUGAAGGUCACAUUACCGCACCAUGUAGAAGACAAAACUAUCCUUGAUAAAGCUCUCGGCAACGCGUGA